GGCGACGCGCGAGCGCAGUGAGUUUGAUGCUGCGCGAGCCGCGGGCGCUGUGAGGAAGCGGAGCGGGAAAGUUAAAGUUCACUUUUAAAGUUUUAUUUUAUUCACAAUCCCGGGCCGAGUUUAGGAAUAAUCUCUCCGAAUGGAUCCGCGGAUUUCCAGUUUAUUUUACGUGUGUGUCAUUUUUCUUCCAGGGUCAGUGUGUGGGCUGCAGGUAUUGCCCUUGGAAACAAAGUCUCUGGAGAAGGCGAGUGGUGAAACUGUGACUCUGGAUUGUACCUUCAGUCUCUCAGCGCAGGACAUUGGACCCCUGGACAUCGAGUGGAGCAUCCAGCCCUCUGACAACCAGAAAGAAGAGAAAGUGGUGAUCCUGUACUCAGGGGACAGGGUCUAUGAUGGUUAUUACCCCGCUCUAAAGGGCAGAGUGCACUUUAAAGACCCCGACCCAAAGAAUGGUGACGCCUCCAUCACAGUCAUGGGCCUGAUCGCCUCAGACACCGGAACCUACCAGUGUAAAGUCAAGAAAGUACCAGGCAUCGGCAGCAGAAAGGUCCUGCUGACUGUCAUGGUGCGUCCCUCUAGGCCGCGAUGUUCUAUCGAGGGUUCUCCACACAUGGGGAAUGAAGUAGUUCUUCGAUGUAAAUCCACUGAAGGGACGAGCCCAAUGCAGUAUACGUGGGAGAAGACCAGCGACAACAAGCUGCUGCCCGCUAACGCUGUGUUGGAUGCUGCUGCAGGGACGGUGAAGAUCCGUAACGCAACGACGGCAGUGUCGGGGAGCUACCGCUGUACUGCCAAGAACCCAGUGGGGUCCGAACAGUGUACGUUGGAGCUCAAAAUCACAACACCCCCAAACACCGCGGGUGUGAUAGCAGGGUCAGUAAUCGUUGUGUUGCUGUUCCUGCUCCUCUUGGCUCUUCUCUUGUUCUGCUGCUGUCGCACUCGUCAGAGAAAGAAGUAUGAGAAGGAGAUUUCCUACGAGAUCCGAGAAGAUGUUCCUGCCCCAAAGAGCCGGAUCUCCACCGCCCGAAGUUUCACCAGUGUGGGAAGUCAGCGCUCGUCUCUCGGCUCCAUGUCUCCCUCCAACCUGCAUGAGUACAACAAGAUUCCAUCUGAGGAGUACGAGGCUCCGCCCAGCCACGUCCCUGUUCCCCCACCCAGCCACACCCCUGUCAUCCCCCCCAGCAGGGUCGCCGGCCCCAACCUCAGCCGCAUGGGGGCUGUUCCGGUCAUGACCCCGGCGCAGAACCGGGACGGUUCCAUCGUGUAGCAGUGGAGAGUCUGAGUGGAUCUGAGGCGAGAAGAAUGUCAUAUACUGAACUCACGAUUUAUUCUUCCAGAUAAUGAGCAGAAGGAAGUGUGUAAAGAUCAGUCUGUGGCGGUGGGGGCUAAACCAGAUUCUGCUCUGUAAAUAAAUGAAUGGUAUUGUUUUUUAAAUUUGUUUUCAGAUAUCGUGUGUAGUGAGUUGGAGCCAAAGUACUCUGGCUUUUCCUCUAAAAUAAUUUUAAGCAGUUUGAUGAAAUCUGUCUGGUGCAGAUGAAGGCUACACCUAUGAAAUGCCCUGUUUUUUUGGUGAUGUGGUUCUAGUCAUUCAGUCAGUCACUGAAUUGCUUUUUUUUUUCCCUCCUUUUGCUGGUGAAGAUACUUGGCAAGUUAGCCGUCGGCUAGCCAAUUAGCUUUGUUUCUGUUUAGCUUGUGAGCACUUUAGUGACACUCUGAUAUGGAGUAUUUUUCCUCUCUUUAAUGGAGAGUGUGGUCUUUCACGUCGAGAGCCGUAUUUACUGAUUUCACAUUGAUUUUGUAUUGUGUCACACAGUGGCAAUUUCAUUGGUCAGCAUCAUGCCUUGCGUUCUGUUGGUUGGUGAAUUUUGAUUGGGUCAUUUCACCAAAAUUUGAGGGAGUGCAGAAAUCUGUGCGCAAAAGAUGUGCGAGUGCAUAGAGCAGUCUGAGAAGGGGGGAAACAUGGCAAAAUCUGAACAUGAAAUGAACAAAUACUGCUCUCAAAUCAAAAGACCAUGCUCUUGACUAAUUCUCAAAACUCAAAAGAACUCCCAUACUUGGAUACUUCCAGCUACUGGAACACAAACCAGAGCAGGAACCAAGAGUAAGAAACGGGGCAGGAAACCACAGCUCAUUACAGAUUUCAAAAUGUUUCUCUUAUCAGUGAUGUGAUGUUUUCUUUUGGCUGCAUAGCAUAUUAGAAAAACUAACUUUUUAGGCAUCAGCAGUGUGUAAUCUGUACAGACAGAACGUGAUUUAUAAACAUUCUUGUGUGUGAGGAAGUGCAUAUAUUUAGAAAUACUCCUGAUCAUGUGUAUGCUGACACUUCCAGUGGUAGCAAAGUUUAUGAAGAUAUCCAUUCAUACAGCACACACUGUGCUACAUCACAGUUCCAAAAUCAGCAGCAGAAAAGGCAAAAAUAAUGGACUUUGACACCAUUACAGGUUUUCCAGAUGUAUGUAGUUGGGGUAACAGAUUGCACACACGUAACCAAAUAAUUUAGUUGGUUUACCAUAUAUGGUGAUUUGGGGGCAUUUCUUGAUGCAAAUGGAUGUGGCUGUGCAUGAGCAGAGCACUUUGGAAUGUGUGAUUUAUCAGCAUCCAUUUUGUGUUACGGUGUGUAAAGAAUGUUGACGAAUACUCCAGGACCUUCUAAUGGCUCUGUGCUGCUGGUGGCCCUGCCUCCAUUGGUUGUAGGUCAUUAGUGAAGUUAACACACCCGUCAAGGAUUACUGCCUGAGCCAGGACUGACCAGAUAAUUGUGGGUUUUUUUUAGUUCUGGAAGAUGAAGGAUCUCGUUUUGGAGGAAAAUAAUCUGAAAAUGAAGUAAUGUAAUAUCUGUAGAGUAAUUAAAAUUCACCCAUAAACUUUUCUACAUUUUUGUCUGAGUGUGAAAAGUUACUGCAAUUACAGAAUUCUGAGUUUUCUGCAGACUAUGAAACUCUACACACACUGUUUUGAUGGAGCUCUGGCUUUAAAGAUGGUGGUAAUAAAGGUAAUAAUGAUAA